AUGCGUUCAAUCUUCUACGGUUUUAUCAUCUCUAUUCUCGUAGCUGUUGUUUCUUCGUUCCCCAAUGGCUCUGGUACAUGUAACUCAAUUCAAGCGACUAUCGAAGGUGUUGCGAAUUCGCCCAUGGGUAAACUCAACACUGCACUGAAUUAUGGUUUCAAUCUUAAUUUAAAGAAUAAUAAUUACAUUCCUGGAGGUUCUGCUAUUCUUACUCUUAAUGGCACUCAACCUUACAAUGGUAUCUUGUUAUAUGCAUUGGACAGUCAAAAAAACCAUGUUGGUGCAUGGACUGUUACAAAAGGGUUCAAAAUAUUGAACAUGAGCUGUGCUGGAGAUCCAGAAGGAACUAUAACACAUGAUUCUGCCAAUCCAAAACCAGCUGGUACUCAACUCACUUGGACAGCACCAAAAACAGAUGUCGGUCCAGUUACGUUUGUUGGUACCGUUGUGGUUAAUGCAGCAACGGGUUUCCAAAUUGUAAAGUCACAGAGCUUCUCAGUUGCCGGAAGUAAUUUUACUGGGCCACCUGCGUCAACAAAUACUGCUGUGAAUCCUCAACCCACUGGCGGAAGCGCUGCGCCAAAUCCAACCUCAAAUCCAUCCAUCCCUACUUCCGAUGCUUCUUCUUUAAUGGGUGGAUCUUUGUUGUUGGCAAAAUUAGGCUUAGUUGCCGCUUUG